GAACAUGAGGAGAAAUUAUAGAACCUUGAGUCCCUGACUGGCAUCAAGGAUGCUGCUACUGUUGAAACUUUUUAACAAAAUAUUUCUUCACAAUAUUGUUGUUGGGACUUAAUCUUCAUACCAGUUUUAUAAAGCAAGAUUACAGCAUUAAUAUAUUAAAGUGUUUGACAUCAGAAUGGAAGUGGAGGAAAAUAGCCAAGGAAAAGCAUGGAGAAGAAAAAGCUCAUCUUCUAAAAUGACUGCAUCUCUGUCAGAACCAGUCACAGAAUCCCGGCCUUUGAAGAAAUUCACCAUUCCCAAGAUUAGGAGAGCAAGUGGAAAAGUUUCCUUAACACCAUGUUACCCCAAUGGGAGGGAAUACAGUUUCAUAACCCACACUGUAAACCAGAGUAGGCUUGAUAUGAGCUGUGAUCUUAGUUCUUCAUGGAAGUUUGGUGAUAUAAAACUGGUUCACAAUCAAGCCUUAGAGAAAAAAUAUGCGGCAAAAAGGUUGGAGAUGCGUGAGAAAGGAAGGCCUGGUAGAGAAAUUGAGGAACAUUUCUGCUUUUUAGCUCUUCCUCAAAGUGCUGUAUCAGAAAUUUGUCAGAGCGGAAUUUGUACUAAGGAAUCUGUCCUGAAAACAUUAGGAAAUCCUCUCCUUGGUGUUUAUUUGUUUAGACAUGUUGAUGUUGCCUUAAAUUAUGCUCGCAGUAGAAACGACAGAGUAGAAAAUGUCUUGCUUUUCAAGGUUCUCUUUGGUAGAGUGAAGAAAAUGCAGCCUAUUGUGGAUAAAAGGAAGGUUGUUUUGGAUCCUUCACCUAACUUUGACUGCCACAUAUCUAGAUGUGUACCUUCACCUAAAGAUAUCAUUGAUUACCAAGCCAGUGACUCAGCUGUGUAUAUCUAUGAAUAUAAUGUUAUUUCAAAACCGGUGGAUAAGCCUAGGCAAUGUCUCCCAUUUGCAAUAGUAGCAGUAAAAUUCAUUGGUCAGAAAAUGGAUGUCCCCUUUAUAACAUCUAUGAGGUUUUUGUCUACAGAAUUUCCCAAGUGGACUGACAGAAGAGAUUCCUUGAAAAACUGUACCAUAGCCAAAAGAAUUGGUAAAGGAAAAGAUGCGACUAUCAUCUAUGAACAUUUCAGGAACCCCAUCGAUUCUUCUGACUGUAAGACUCAGGACAGGUGCUUAUGUGGUGAACUCAAUUCAGAUGUUAGCCCUUAUUGCUCAAAUAUUUCUCCUUGUGGAAAUACACAUAAUCAAAACAUCAUUGAGGCUGAAACCUCUAAUGGCCAGACAGAGCACAACUUAACAGGAGACAGGACCUCAUCCCAAGUGCAGUCAAGUGAGCCAGGUCUGCCAUUUGGGCCCUAUUUAGAUUCUGAUGAAAGUGUUCAGUUGAGUUGUAUUGAGAAGAUUUUAAACAGACUUUAUACUUCUGUUCCUGUUAGCAACAAUGUUGAGUCAAGCACUGUAAUUACCUCAAAACUAAUCAAGGAUCCAAGACUGAUGCGACGAGAAGGAAACAAUGAAAUACAAAAUCCCAAGACCGAUGUACAAGAAAUCCCACCUUCAGAGAAUGAUCCGGAAUGUUGUAGUUCAGAUAUGAGUCUGUCAUCUCCACCACCUGAUACUGUCUUCCUACCUGAAUCUAUCAUGGGCAGCUGCUCAUAUCCUAAUAACUCAGAGGUUUGCCAAUAUGCUAAGGAUCCUGUUCAAGACACACAGUGGACCACAAUAGAAGACCAAAGGAAAGACCAAAACAGUGUUGAUUCCAAAGCUUUACCACUUAUGUCAGACGAUAAAAUUAUUUCUAAAGAGGAGAAUCAGAAGGAUGAUGGUCAAAAAGCAAAACAAUCCAGGCAGAUGAGUAACUUCCUUGGUCCCAUUAAGUGGCAAAACAAAGUGCAAAUUCCAUCACCAAAGAACCAUUCUCCAGACCCAGUAACUUCAGUACAAGCAAAUUCCCAAAAGCUCAAUAGUAAGAAAUCUCAAUCUAGUAAUUUGGAAACAGUACCUCAUACUAGCCAAAAAUAUUCUUCUGAAAAGCCACUGCAUGGUGGGGAAAAACGCACACAGCACCUUCAAAGCACUGAGAAGCUUAUGUGCCUUAAAUCUAGGAUGGAAGGUAAAUCCAUAUGUAGAAAAAUGCAAGACCCACAAAAAGAGAAUGGAAAUCACUGCACCACUGGAAAGAAAAACAAUUCAACAAUUUUUUCUAUCCCACACAAUGAAAAGGAUAUUUUAAUUUCAUCCCAUCAGGAACACAAAUACGGUACUGAGGUUCUCAAUUCUUUUGGAAAAAAUGAUCAAGUAUCUACUCUGGGGCAUAGAAAACUACAUCCUUCUACAUUUACCAAAGAGAAACUGAAAAAAGAUGACAUGGAUCUCUUGGCCUGUGAGUUACUUAGUAAUGGCCAAAGAACAGAGGACAGGCUACAGAAACAACAUGAAGACUUUUUUCCAUGUGAAAAGAUGGAUGUAGAUCAAAGCCUUGCAACCUCUCAAAGUAUAAUUGACCUGGAUAUGGAAAAUUCAAACAGUAAGUGCAUCAAGAUAAAAUCAAAUGCUUCCCAGAAAGUAGAAGACACUCCUGCAGUGAAUGAAACACUUAAUGGUUUGAUGAAUACAUCGUCUGCUAUCUAUACACCAGAAAACAAUGAAAUAAUGGGCAAAAAUGUUUUUUAUUUAUAUCCCCUUGGAAAAAAUGAGAGGGCACUUGAAAUAAACAACAAAUAUAAAGACAAUUUGAAGACUUUUCUGGAUGGAGAUGUAUUUAAGGAUCAAGACCCUCCAGUAUUCUGCAAUCCAGAUAUAGGAGAUGCUAUAAGGUUUCCUAGCCCCUACACUGAUUUCAAACAAGUGUGUCAACUUGAAAAGAAAUAUAAUAUCAAAGAAAGAGAUAGCCAACAAGACAGAGGGAGCUGUGCUUCUGAAGGAGGAAAGAGAGUGGGAAAUACUUCAACAGAGAAGGGAGAACAUUCUACUACAAUUGAAGACUUGACCAACAUUUUUGAUAGCCUGAAAGAAAUAAAAAAAUAUGACAGUCUGGGGACGACCGGUUCUGAACGAUUUUCUUCUGGAGUUGAGUUAACUUGUGAAGAAAGAUGUGCAGUUUCAGAAACUGCUUCAAUUAAAGUGGAAAUUAUUGCAACUGCUAUGAAGGAAAAAGGUAUAAAUGAACAUGGUGAUGUUAACUUACAGCAGUUACCUGCUACAGCAGUGUUUUCCCACUCUGCUGAUCCUUCAGUGAGUUACACAUAUGAAAGCUCAAAUACCAGUAAUAUUCCUCUCCCGAUUUUGAAUUUGAAACCUUCAGAUAGCCAAAGAAACCAGAUUGGCGAAAUGUGUGUUUCUGAGAGUGUUUCAGAGAAAAAUGGAUUUUGUGAUUGGGAAUGUAGUUUGGAGAAAGAUAACUUCCAGGAACUAUCUCAGUGGCACAUAUUAGAGGAGAAAUUCAAAGAUUUGAUCAUUCAGGGCCCGGACUUCGAAAGUGAGAUUGAAGUUGCAUUAGUGCAGUGUGAAGACUCUCUGAAAUCCAACCAUGGAGAUGCACCCAAUAAUUUUGAAGAAUUUAAUUCUGUGUAUUAUUUUCUAAAAUCACGUAUUGACUGGAGAAGUUUGUUUGAAAGCGGUAGUUGGAGGAGUGCAAAAAUUUCAAAAGGUGAACUCAUAGAAAAUAGAAAUCAGUGCACUUUUCAAGGAAAUAAUUUUCAUUCUUGCAUACAGCAGAAUGCAAAGCCCUUAAAUACAGCUGUGCUCCCAGACUUAAAAAUUAGAAUUACGAAUGUACUUGAAACAGAAUUUGACUCUUAUGACCCUUAUGCACUUGACGAAGAUUUAUGGGAGUGUGUAUUUGAAUCACUUGACCCAGAAAUAGAUAUAGAAUGGCCAAGAGGAGUAGAAAUCAAAGAAUAUUCCCAGCCUGCUUAUGAAAAUCCUGGUCAGCCUUUUGAAGAUGAAUUGGGGAGUUGUUUAAAUCAGGAAACAGAACUUCUAAAUGAAUGGGAAGUGUCCCUGUAUCGUGACAGUGAUUGUGUGCCUGAAAAACAAAGCUGUGCAUUUUUAACUGAACCUGCUAUUUUUUCUGAGUCGAUGAACAGUGCAAGCGAUAGUUCCCUAGAAAAUCUAAAGAACAAUUGUGAUGAGGCUCAGGGGAAAAUAGAUAGGGGAUCAAACCUUAAUAAAAGAAAACGUUUUCCUACUUCUCAGACCAAUGAGGUUAUACCACAUAAAAAUUUACAAUCUCAAGAGGAUUGUAGAAAAAGGCUGAAGGUGGUUAGUCAUCAGCCCUUCGAAAAAUUUUCGUCACUAUCUGAGGGAAGGAUUAAGACAUUUUCACGGUCUGAAAAGCAUAUAAGAAGUGUUCUGAAUACUCUUAAUAGUGAAGUAUCCCUAUGCAAAAGCAGACGCUUGUCCAAGAAACUAGACAGAGCUGUUAGUCAUUUAAAGAAAGCUCAGAGGGGAGUACACAGAUCAUUACAACUUGUAGCUAAAGUGGGAGAGAAAAGGAGAGAGGGCCCAUUGCCAAAAUCUUAUGAAGUUACAUGUAACAACUUCUGGGAGAGUUGUGACCUUGAAGGCUUUAGGUUUGUGACAGAGAGAAAAUAUCACUCCACUAGACAUUCUUCAGAGAAAAGAAAAUAUGCCAUAAAGGAAGAGAAGAAAACCGUAGCAUCAGAGACAGGUAAUACACAGACACGCAAGUUAAAGCACAAGUGUAAAAGAAAAGGGGUCAGAACUAGAAAGUCAGUUUCAACAGAAGAUGCUACCAGUAAAUUCUCAAGAGGCCAGAUGGGGGCUCAUAAGAAGAAAUAUCGUAGUCAGGAGAAUGUUUUUGAGUUAGAUUUAGCAAAGCCGUCCUCUUUACAGUCUACAAGACCUUCCUCAGCUUGUAAGAGUGGCAUUCUAAAGAAUCAACAAAGACCAUCCUAUCUUCAGGCUGUUUCUGAAAAAGUCACAUCUUUAGAUUCUACCCGGCCUAGAGAUAGGAAACUCCCCAAUGAGGUUGACCAGGCUGAUUUUGAAACUGUGCCUAAAAUGCACCAUAAAGAUACACAAAGAGAAUUCUGCUUCGUGUCUGAUAAAUAUUUAAGUGAACAUCAUUCAAGAUUUUGUAUUUCCCCUGAGGAAAAUAUAAUGUUGAAUUCAGAUCAACUCAUUUGUAAAGAUAACUCAGUAAUGAACCCUGGUGUACUUAUUUCAGUUUUAAAAUCAAAUGGGGAGCACUUUAAUGUAGACACCUACAAAUCAGAUGUUCCAGUGUCUUCUGUCCAUCAUGAAAGCGAGGAAGUCACCCUUCACAUGGAAAAAUUUCCAGUGCUGGCAGAAGAUGGAAAUCAAAAUAUUGGUACUGCAGUCUUUCCUCUAGGCUCAGAUAAAUCAACUCCCAUAGCUGACCAAAAUUUUGAGACUCAAAUUUCACCAUGCCCCCAGAUUCUAAGUAUUCGAAGUGACUCCUGGAAAUCUAUUUUAGAAAAUAUAGCAGAAAAAGCUUUAGGUGUUCAUGUUGUUGAAAUGUCCAUAUCACUUAAUGAACUACAGGAAAAUAACGAAACUGAGAUUUCAGGGGAAGAAUUGUAUUCUUCAAAUGCCUGCAGCCAAAGAGUCAUUAAGGAAAUGUAUGUUGCUGAGAGUGCUAGCUUGGAGCUGCUACCAGUUUCUUCAGCCAUAGGAAUUGGUAAUUGUGAGAACAAGGCUGAAAUGUGCUCUUUAAAUGACAGCCCUGGGUUCUUUGGUGACAACUCACUGAUUCGAUCGCAUACAUUCGUAUCACAAGAAGAUAAUCAAAAUUCAGGUCUAGAAACUGGGAAAAUCAAUCUGCUAAAAGACCAGACCGAUCCUCCAAAUGAAGAUAUGGAUCUUUCAGAAGAUAUUUCUGAGAGUCCCUCUGCUCAGUUAGAAAGUGUAGAACACAGGUGCUGGUCAUUAGAAGCAGGGUGCAUGGAUUUAACUGAAGACAGACAACUUAAAAAUGAUCCACCUGUUUCUACUCUGGAGACUACAAAUAAUAGUAGUGCUUCUUAUGGGACUAUCUCCUGGAAGGAGACAACUCCCAGUCUUGACAAAAGAAAGGAAAACUGGAAAGUAAAAAAUAGCAGUGACUCUCAGUUGAACUCCAAGUCACAUUCAGAAAUACUGUAUAAUCCGAAACAAGGUAAUAGAAGAGUUACCCCAAUUCAGGCAUUUGGUAAUAUCUCUCAUCAGGAACAGGGUACAAUCCCUGAAGGUGAAUUGAAGGAAAAGCACUGUUUUGAUAAACAUGCUGGUCUCAUAGAUGAAUUAUCUGAAAUUUUACGAAGGGCAGAUGAGGCAUCGUCUUGGGAGGCUGUGCAGGUGCAGUUGGAAUUCUGUGAAAGCAUCCUUCCUGUAUUUAUUGAUGCUUUUGAAAGGAAACAGAAUUGCUCAUUUAAGCACAUCUUAGUUUCCCACAAAUUGUUGGUGGAAGACAAUCUGUGGAAUAACUGUAAAACCACAUUAAGACCACAAGCCAUUGAUUCCUUUGUGGAACUGCAAAUGGUGAUGGAAACUAUACAGUUUGUUGAAAACAAGAAAAGUCUCUUACGACGUGAACCCACUUUCCGGAGCCUCCUUUGGUAUGAUGAUUCACUCUACCAUGAGUUGUUUGAAGGGCAGUGUGGGUAUCAGCAACAGUCCAGUUUCUGUUGUUCUUUCCAGCAGAGGUUAAAAUACGAUACUUGGAGUGAGUUAAAAAGCCACCAUCUUCAGUUGUCUGAAUUGUUUAAAGAAAUCAAAAGGGAAAACAUUUCAUACUACUCACUCUUAAAAUGUCAACGAGAAAUUGAUGAGUGUGAAGCAGUACUGCAGCAUUCUUCUGAUGUCUUUCGUUUUACACUUUCUCUGCCAUUUAUCUGUGGAGCUAAUUUUGGAGAGAGUUUAGAUGAGUUAGAAACUUUAAAAAAGUGUACUUUGGAACUGCUACGUAACUAUUGGCCUUUUCCUAAAGUUAAUUUACUUUCAGGAAAACAAGAUCAUCUCUGGAUGAUUAUAGAGGUUAUCUCCUCAAAGAUAAAUUUUAUAAAGAGCUGUGAAUCGAGGAAUGUUCAGAUAUCCCUUUUUGGCAUGGAGCAUAUCUUUUUUGAUGCUGCAAAAAGUCUUGUUUGGAAAAACCAAAGUGAAUCUUUAAGCAAAAUGACCUUGCCAGUUGUGAAGAAAGCAGUCUUGUUCAAGUUAAACCAAGAUGCUCUUUCAGGACUGCAGGAAAUACAUAAGAAUUUGGCUGAAGAUCUUAGAUUUGAAAAGGCUUCAAAUCUUGGGUCUGUGGAGACUGAUAAAAGUGCCCCCAGGAAAUCCAGUGGCUGGGGAGACAAGGCCAAAUUGAGCAUGGAAAACCGCAGAUUCAAUCAUGUUAACAGGGAUUUGCUUUUACGCCCAGAUAUUGGCUGUGUCGGACAAAUAAUAGAACAAGUCGAGCUUGCGGACCUUGACAAGUUAGGAGAACUGAGACUGAGAUGUACAGAUCACUUGGAGACCUUAAAACGACACUUUCAAAUGUUACAAGAAGAAGACGUGAAUCAUGUUCUUAUCUCUGAAGACAAUGUGCUGGACAUAGUGGGAAACCACAACAUCAGUGCUGUAAUUUUAAGGCCUGAAACAGUUGAGAUCUACGUUGAAAUAGUCAUGUUGUCCGAAACAGUCCAUUUUCUUAAAAACGUAGAGGCCAAAAAGCUAGGCAAGGAAAAAUUUCGAGGUAUGCUUUGGUUUGAUUCAUCACUUCUUCCUGAGCUAAUUCAUUCCCAAAAAACAUUGACUUCUUUUUCAUUUCUGCAAGAUGUUUCCACAGAUGGACCUGGGGAUACAAUAGAGUCUGCCAUUUUGAAAAUUAAGGCUGAGUUGGACAUGAUCUGCACAUAUUCAGAAGCUAUUAACUAUAGUUAUGCUUUUCAGCUGCUAUCGAGAGAACUUACAGAGCUUUCAGAAAUAAGGAAAUUGAUAGAAAAGCCCAUGCCUUCUGUCUCCACAUAUGUUCACUUUGAACCAUAUACUGUGUCAGUAAAUUAUGGGAACACUGUGACUGCAUUGGAGUACAACUUCAAACAAUUUUCUGUACUACUGGAAAACCUAAUGUCUGCUCCCAGGGAAGAUUUGGGGAAAAUUGCCCAUAUUAUGAAGAUCAUGAAAACUAUUGACCAAAUGAUGCUUGCCUGUGCCCAAAAUGAGAAACCACCCAUUUCUCUUCUUUUAUGUCAAAUGCUCAGAAAUAGAAGGAAAGCCCAUCAACUGAAAAAAAAUAAAGAUUUGAAAAUUCCUAUGAAUAGACCUGGGAAAACUGUCAGAAAAGCUAGUAUCUGUUUCAGUGAGUCUCCAAUUCCAGGGUAUUUAAUCAAAAAUGAUUCAAGUUCACGCCAAACAAAAUCUUUCACUUUUGCCAAGUGUGAAGAUACUCAGAAGCCCUUCAAGAGCCUUACCCUUCCAAGUCGCAGAGGUCCAAAGGUAGCUACUUCUAGAAAAGAAGUUCCAAAAAUGAGAAAUGAAAAUGAGGCAUCCAGCUGUCCAAGAUAUGGAAUAGCCUAUGCAGCAAGAACUUAAGCUGAAAAUAUCCCUCCAUCUUCAGAAAUAAAGGAAAUUGAGCAGUUUUUUUUGUUCAGCCCUUUUUCUUGUAUUUUUUUUAGAAAAUAAUAGUUAAUGUUUGAAACAGUGCUGAAUAUAUAGUGAAUA